AAGCUCGGGCGCCACGGGCGGCGUUGCGUUUGGGGGCAUUUGUUGGGAUUCUUUCGCCACACCAUGGAGACGGCUUUUGUGGCGCCGUCUACAGGCACGAGCUCGUCAUCAAGCAGGCUCUUGGGGCGCGGGGUGAAGACGCCUUGGCGGCCAGAAACGCAGGAGCCAAGACAAUGGGCUCCCUGGAUCGGACCAGGAGUGUGCCUUUCAGCUGCCUUGUCGCGUCGGCACCAGCGCCGAGCCACGGCACAGGCUGAGACAAGCAAACCCAUAAGCUUGAAGAGACUGCCCUGCUGGGGAGUUGCGGUCUUGGGCUUCAUUCUGGUAAUGAUCCACCGAGUGGUCUUGAAAGAGUGCAGGCUCCAGUUGCCACCGCCCCGCUUUACCGUCUUUUUGCAUGCAUCGAUCUUUCUGAUCCUCAGUCAAUUUCUCCCACCAACGAAGUUUCCAUCUGAGCAGAAUGUAAAAGUCAUUCUGCUUGUGGGUGCCUUGGAGUUCUUUGGCUGGGCUGCGCUACAAAAUGUGGUGGCAGUGGCUGGUCACCUUGGUGUGUCAGCAGCGCUGCUCUCUGGCGUCUCCUUGCUGGUGACGUUGGCAAGCGCCAAGCUGCUGCUGCGGAGCCACGUGAAAGCAACUGCUUGGAUCGGUGCUGCGAUCGUUGCGCUCGGCGUUGGAGCCGCGGGGCCCGUGCACGCUUUGUCAAUGGCUUCAAGCCCCGCCCAUGUCGCCUUGCUUUGUGCUGCUCUCUUCACCACCAGUUUGGCACUGACUGGCAAGGAGGUGCUUUUCUCCGGCAGAGCACCCCUUUCUGUAGCUUCAGUGGCUUGUUUGGCUUCCUUCGCACAACUGCUAGCCUUGGCCCUGCCAGAGGUCUUGCGGCUACAUAGCUUCCCUGGCACCUUGGAGUUGGCGCAAAUCAUCGUUGGCCCAGCACCAAGGAUAGCGAAUCUGAGUUGGCCUGCCUACGUCUAUAUCCUUGGAAGCGCCUUCCUGCGCUACACCUUCACCUGGUCCCUGCGCACUGCAAACGCUCCCACAGUGCAGCUGGUGAAUGCAGUUGCAGUGCCUUUUGGUUCAGCCUUGCUGAUGCUUCUUUCGCACGCGCCCAUCUCCGAUCAGAGCCUGUGUGCGUUAUCAAUUUGCACAGUGGGAAGCUUCAUCUUCUUCCUGGAUCAAGGGCCACUGAUGAAGGCAUCUGAGCUUUUCAAAGGCACCAUGAGUCAGGAGCAGUUGAAGCUGGAAGAGGCUUGGAAGCAACAGAAAGCUGCCAAGGCAAAGCAAGCAGAAGAGGAGCGUGAGCGUCAAGCGAAGGCUGCGAAGGAGAAAGAGGAGCAAAGGAAAAAGGCGAAAGAAUUGGAGCAACAAAAACUCUUGGAAAAAGAGGCGGCUCAGAAGAAGGAAAAGGAAGAGCAGCAGAAGAAGAAAGAGGAAGAGCAAAAGCGCAAAGAGGAAGAACGCCUCAAAGCAGCAGCUGAAAAGAAGAAGUUGCAGGAAGAAAAGCAGGCAAAGAAGGAGGAAGAGAGGAAGAAAGCAGAAGAGGAGCGUCGAAAGAAGCAAGAGGAGUAUCAGAGGAUGAAGGCAGAAGAAGAGAAGAAGGCAAUUGCGGAGAAGCAGCGGAAAGAGGAGGAGAAAAAGCAGCAGGAAGAAGCCAAGCAGCAGAAGAUAGAGGCUGAUCGAAAAGCAAAGGAGGAGAAGCGGAAAGAGCAGGAGCGAAUAGCGGAGGAGAAGAAGGCUGAAGAAGCUCGUAAACGAGAGGAAGAGAAGCAAAAGAAGCAAGAGGAGGCCAAACAAGCUGAGGAGAUUAAGAAAGCAGAAGAAGAGCGCAAGCUUAAAGAAAAAGAAGAGCUGAAGAGACGGCAAGAGGAGGAAGCGGCCCGCAAAAAGGCAGAGGAAGAGGAGCAGAAGCGAAAGGCCGAAGCUGAGCGAAAGCAAAAGCAAGAAGAGGAAUUGAAGCGGAAGGAGGAGGAGCAGCGCGUGAAGAAGGAAGCUGAGGAACGCAAGCGCAAAGAAGAGGAAGAGCUUAAGCGCAAGCAGGCGGAAGCACAGAAGAAGAAGGAGGAAGAGGAGCGCGUGCGAAAAGAAGCAGAAGAAAACAAGCGACGGCAAGAAGAAGAGCGCAAGCGACAACAAGAACAGGAGCGCCAGAGAAAGCAGGAGGAAGAAAAGAAGCGCAAAGAGGAGGAGGAGCGCAAACGAAAGCAAGAAGAGGAACGAAAGAGACAAGAGGAAGAAGAGAAGAAAAGAAAAGAGGAACAGGAGAAAAAGGCAAAGGAGGAGGAGGAGAGAAAGAAAAAGGACGAGGCAGAGAGAAAGAGAAAGGACGAAGAGGAGACAAAGAGAAAGAAGGACGAGGAGCGCAAGGUUCAAGAGGAAGAGAGAAAACAGAAAAAAGAGGAAGAACAAGAGGUAGUAGCCAGCACAUCCGAGGUGGACGAAAAGGAGAAGCAGAAACGAUACUCGCGACUGAGUUUUAAGUGGAAGAUGCAAGACGAGAUGCGCUUGGGACAAGAGACUGCAAAGAUCAAGAAGCAGCUCCAAGAGAGGGAGCAAGAGCUUGCAAAAUUGCGUGAGAGUAAAGAAGCGGAACAGAGGAGGUGGAAAGAGUUGCAAGAAGAGGCAGGUCGUGUUGCGUCCACAAAAUCAGGGUGCCGCCUGCAGUCGCUGAGACAGGAAGACCAGUGCUAACAGAUACCAAUCAUCACUAAUCAUGUUUUGUUUUUCCUUUGGCCAACAGAAACAACAAGAUUGCAGAUACCUUCUGCGCUUAUGACUUCAGACAUUUGGUUUGGACGAACAUUUUGAUGUCAAUCAUGUGCCUUGCAUUGCCUGGGGCUUUGACAUUUUUAGGCGGCUGGGAUUACUGGAGAGCAUACGCGAUCUCUCUCGUUUGCAUGUAAAGCCGCUCUCAAUUUAGUUUUUGA